GUCGCGAUUCGCGAAGCUGCACAUUGCUGGGGACGGCAGAACGCUUCACCGCCUAAUUCUUUUGUUGACUGCCAACCACCAUCUGGCGCCAAUCGGCAGGCAGUUCAACGCGGGACAGCUUUGGUCGCGAUCCUCCAACCUGCAACGGUUGCAGCAGAGUUACAGCGUCGAUCACCGUUGCUCGCCACCCACAACCUGUGAACCCUUGAAUUACUUGGGUGCCCACGACCUCGUCUACGCAGCCGCGAAGCCAGCUGGAAGAGAUGCGCUGAGGCGCUUCCCCCCACCGACCAUGUCUGAACUGCGCGCGCUCGAGGCCCUCCAGGCCUUGCACGCGGAGCUGGUUGCCGUCCGGCAGCAUCGAUACGAGGGCCUGCCGCUGCUGGAGCAGCUUCUGGAUGCGCAAACGGAUGCCUUCAAGAAGCUGACCGACAAGCCUGGGCGGAACACGGCCCACAGACAAUCGCUGGGGACCAGGAAAGUAAAGCUCGGCGACGAGGAGUACGCCGUUAAUGACGACUUCAUCAACGACUGUCUGAAAGUUGCCGACGACCUUGAUCUAGACGAACUCGAGUCGGCGAGGUUACUACUGGACUGCGAUGCAGAGGGCGACACCGAGACGCAGAGCCGCCCCUUAUGGGAAUGCGGAGUCAUCCGAUUCCACCAAGAGCGCCGGUAUCUGCUGGACUGCAUGCGGCUGUGCCUCGAGAUAGCGGCCGACGACGAGCUGGAGCCGGGUCUACAAGAUGGUUUUGGGGCCCUGGCCGAAGAGAAGAUCUUUGGCGUACCACCUCCUGGGUCACAGCCUGACUCCUCUGCAAAGCGGUUUGUGCCGAAAUGCAUGGAAGCUAUGCAGAGUGUCAGGUCCAUGCUCCAGAAUACGAUGGACAAGGCGCACGCUCGGAGCAUGUUGCAGCAGGGCAAUCUUGUGAGGGUACCGGAGAAUCAAGAGACCUUCGAUUUCUCGCGCUUGAGUCUUGUCGAGCAGCAUGAGUGCUUGGCGGCAAUUCUACACGCCGCCGUCGAGAAGCGGCACGCUACCGUUGGUGAUUUCCAGGAGUUCCUCCAGUUUCUCAAGAGAGUCGACAAGUACGAUCACUUCCUUGUCCACCUGUUCCCAGUCCUUGCUGCCUACAUCACCGUGUUUGGCUCUCCCGAAGGGGUGGGCGACCUCCAACAAGCGCGUCAACUAAAUCGGAUUGUCUGCAAGCCUGACGACGACGAUUCUUGGGCCCUGCCGAACCUACGAGCCGUUGCCAAGGCAUGGUGGAUUGUCGAGCACAGCGGAUGGUAUCUCGAUGACACGACCUACGACCUCCGAGGUAUCAACCUGGAUGAAGAAGACGAGGAGAGGAACAAGCAGUUCAUGGAAGCUCUGAAAGAGGGCGCCUUUGACUUCAUCUUGUCGGUGGCCGCCGACUGCAGGGCCCGAGAAUGGCAGGAUCCCUCAAGUCUUGGAAUGCGACAGUGGCUCCAACGAAAAUCCCCUCCUCUGGCCUCCGACGCUUUUCCCUUCAGCCACUUUCUGCAGCAAAGCUUGAUGGUACGCCUAGAGGGCUUUAUCGAUGCCGCCAUUUCCAACCUUCCAGACAUACUCAGGAAGUUGAGGACCGAGGAAGACGAGCAGCGGCAGCUCAGCCCAAACCACGAGCAGGACCUCGACCUAGAGCGUUUCCUGAUCAUCAUCUCGUACGCUUAUGAAGGCAGACCGGAGGCGGCCAUGUCGUUCUGGGAGGACCCGGAUAGCAACCUUGCGGGGUUUCUGCAGUGGGCGUCGAGGCGAGCAUCUACUCCGCUCGUUAGCGCCUUUUGCGAAAUGCUCCAGUGUCUUUCAGAUAACGAGGAGUGCGCUACCGCGGCACACAAUUUCCUUCUGGAUGAAAGCCACCAAGCAACUGGCAAGAUGAAGCGGUCCCAGUCUCUGACAUGGUCGCAGAUUUUCAAGGAGCUAGACUACUUCACAAACAAGCUCACCGAGAGACCAAGCCAGGCCCCAACGCACGCCAUACAACGCCCUGGCAAGCCCGGCUCUGACCUGGCUGAGACCGAGCCAGAGUCGGCCUUGAUGCUGGAGUGCUAUCUGCGACUGAUCGCCAAGCUUGUCUCAGAGAGCGAAGUGGCUCGGCAAAGGAUGAUCAUGGAUGAGGACCUACACCUAGUCGACACAAUGUGCAAGCUCGCAGAUGGCGCGAUUCCUCGUCGGCUCCGGGCUUGCAUCUUCUACGUUCUCAAGGCCUUGAUGGCGAGGAAGCAGGUCUUCGAGAACGAAGCAUUGUGGAAAUACGUCGACGGAUGGGCGACCGGAACCCUCAACAAUCCUCUCGGAGGGGCGCAGAGAGUCUCCUUUUUCGGCCAACCUCUGACUCCCCAAGCGUACAUGGAGGCAGUGCUAGAUGAGCUCAGUAAUAACUUCGAGGAGGCGAAUGCCUUCAUUCAGCUGCUCAACUCACUCUUCGCGCCCCUAGAAGGCCCCGACGGGCUGAACGACUCCCUGACCUUUCCGGAAAAUUUGGGGAGCAAUGUGCGCAUGCCCGGCAUGGAACCUUAUGUCGACUUUGUUUUCCAGGUUUUCGCCCAAAAGUCGCAAGAUCUCGUUGACCCUGCCCAGCUCCGGGCAUUGCGCCUCAGCUGCCUCGAGUUUGCGCUGACCUGUCUGUCAACGUUCAACGAGGACCUCAUCAUCCUGGGCAACGAGAGCAAUAUUGCUAUCGACGUGGCUAUGCCAACCACGGACUUAGCCGCGUACGUGCGCCUUCAUCCGUUUGCGCGUGUCAUGGAGUGGAUGUUCAACGAAAAGGUGAUCACUGCCCUGAUCCGCACUAUUCACCAAGACCCCGGCAGCUUGAGCAGUGCAUCCCCGGAUUCGCCCUUGGUACAGAGCAUUCUGCGCGGGAUCCAGGUCAUGAUCAAGGUUCUCGACUUGCAGGAGACCUACCUGCACCUUGUGCGACCGGUGAUCCAGUCGCAACCUGAGCAGCGGCGGGCGUCCGUGGCGAAUGCUGCGUACACGGCCUUCGAGGACGGCAUUCUGAGCCAUCUGGGCUUGGUGGUCGACCUUGGGAAGUACUGCAAUCUCGGCCACGGCGAGUUGACGCUGGCUUGCCUGAAGCUGCUCGAGAAGAUUUCUACCUCUCCUAGGAUCAUCUCCGCAUGGAACCCCGAGACCGGCGGCCGGCUCGGCAACCGGAACAAGGCGAUCGUUCAGCUCGAGAGGAACGACGAAGGCCGGAGCAUUGCCGCUUCUCUGGCGGCAAGUCUCUCUGCCACUCUGGAUCCGGUGUUGAUGGCCGAGUCGGAGGACUACGUGGUCAAGCUCUUUAUCCUCGAUUUCCUCUACGGGUGUCUCCGGGCUACGCCGGAUCAGCCGACAAUCGCGCAUCUGCUGCUAGGCUUCCGCUGCGAGCUUAACAAGCUCAGCGUCGAGCCCAGGGGCGCAUUCGACAUGCAGAAGUCGCUUUUUCACAGCCUCCUGAACGUCAUCAUCGGCCUUUCUGUGUGCGACGAGGAGCUUGGGAUGCGCGGAUAUCUGAUCACUCUAAAGCACAGAAUCCUUCGCAUCCUGCAGAUCCUCUGGAAGUCGCCGCUCUCUGGGUCGCUGGUCAUGGACGAGCUGAGGUUGACGAACUUUGGAUUCCACAUGUUGAUGAAGGAGCUGCAAAUCGCGCCAGAUCUGAGAUGGGAUGGCGUGGAGGCCAGCAACCCGGAGUUCAUGCUUUCCAACGCGUCCGUGGCAUAUAUUGACUACCUCGGUGCGCGGGCUAUGAUUUUCGAGUACAUCGCGCAGGAGCUCUGCAGUGUCACGCAGAAUCGAAUCCCCGCGAUCAAGCGCCAGAUCUUCGACGCCCUGAAUGGGCAGAUCAAGCUCGACGGCGAUGAGCCGUUUACACUCCCUAACAUCUUCGAUUUCUUCGACUUCGUGAAUUCAGAUCCGACCCUGGACAUCCCGACCCCGGAGUUUGUCUUCUACAAGGAUCUCAACCUCAGACCCUGCGCCGUUGAACACCCAGACGCUGGUUUGCAGUACGACGUACGCAAAGUGCGGGAGACCAUCGCCCUGAAGCGGAACGAGUUUAGGGACACGCUUCAGGUGGCGUCGCAGCAGCACUUAGAUGCUAUCGAGAAGGAAGAGGGGUUAUUGGUCGAGUAUCUGACAUUCACCAACCGCCAGAAACUGCUCGGCGCGUCGCGAAUCACCCUGCUCGGGUCGUGGGCCAACCUGCUCUUGGUCAUGUUCGAAGCCAACGAUCUCAAGGGCACGCCGAAGAUGGCUUUCCUGCUGCAGGCUCUUCAAGCCAUUCUUCCGACCCUGGAGGCCUACAGCACGCUGAGUCCAGCCGAGGCGUUUGAACUAGCCAGGGUCGCCAAGGUGCUACUCUUCAAGCUCGACUUUGACGAUGACGAGGACGACACCAUAUCCGGCCUGGGCAAGGAUAAAUUCACCGUAGGCAACCUCAUCAGCGACAAGCUAUUUCAGCUCUUCCAAGUGUGCCUCAGCUCGAUCGGCAAAUGGGCCGGUAGCGCCGAGCUGCGCGCGCUCUACUACGGCAUCUGCUACCGGUAUCUGACCGCCGUCGUCGACCGAGACACUGCAGCCCCCCACAACCGCAGUGCCCGCAGCCUCGCAACGGCGCGCACAAGGACGCUCAAAGCCAUCCAAAUCCACGGCGAUCGGCUCCUCAACGUGAUCUGCGACGACGCCUACGGCAGCGACACGGCCUGCCAGACCGCCGCGAUGAUCCUCCUCGGCGCGCUGGUGCACACAUCGCGCUCCACCGACGAGGACAUACCCAUCGUCGAGUCCCUCAACCGCCUCAACUUCAUCGGCGUGCUCGUCGACUCGCUCAAGACCAUCCUCGCCGAUUGGCUCGCCGUCGUCCCCGCCGGCCUGCGCAACAGAACCACUACCAACCUCCUCUUCAACCACAAUCGGAAGGCCGAGGCCUUCAGCCCAGAGCAGGACGCCGCCGCCGACGCGGAGCGCUACCUGACCGCCAAGCUGGCCUUGCUCCUGCAGAUCGCCCAGACCCGCCAGGGCGCCAAGUACGUCCUGCAGGCCGGCCUGUUCCGCGCGCUGGAGCUGGCGGGCGUGUUCGCGGCCGACCCGGAGCUGGAGGUCGACGCCGAGGACAUUCGCGCGCUGGAGAAGCACUACACCCUGCUAGUAGCGCUGGCGCGGAUCGUAGGCGCCGCCGUGCUGGCGAGGGGCGCGCACAAUGUCGUGCAGGGCCGCCGCUUCUUGACUAGUCACCGCAUGCUGGUCGUGCACACGCUCAAGCGGAGCGCGGGGAUAGGGAUUGUGGGUAGUGGGGGGCAGCUAACUACACCACCACAACAACAUCAUCAUCAUCAGGAUGUGCUGCGUUCUUCCAGGGUGAGGGAUGCGGAGGAGCAGGCGGUGCUGCAGGAAAGGGUGGAGGAGUUGGCAGAGGCGUUUAUGUUGCUGAUUACUGCGACGGGGUUUUUGGAGUUUGAGUCCGGCCAGGUCCCUGCUGAGAAGCCCAGCGUGAACACGACGCUUUUCCAUUGAGGAGGGACUGACUGGACGGAGGGAUCCAGAGUGGCUGCAUCAGUUUUUGUUGCAAGGCUAGGGGAAGGGGGGGUUGGACGGGAAAUGUGGAAGAAUGUCUCCAGGAGGGAAUGAAAGUUUCCUUGCUAGAGAAAGGUUGCUUUUUGCUAGGCUUAAUGCGAUCAGACGACGAAAGCUCGUGUCACUGGGCUGUACUAGGUAGUCACUGUCAUGUCUUGAAUAGACCAAAGCAGCUAAUAAGGGGCUCACUGGGAUCAAUCAUCAAUG